AACUGAGAAACAAGAGCUGAGAGGCAGAGGCACCCCAGAGGGAGAAAAGAACCGCUGCACGAGAUAACAAUGACAGAAAAGGAACCAGAAACACACCUGGAGGAAGAGGAUGAUGAUGAAUUGGAUGGGAAGCUUAAUUACAAGCCCCCACCUCAGAAGUCCCUAAAGGAGCUGCAGGAGAUGGACAAAGAUGAUGAGAGUCUUGCCAAGUACAAGAAAACUUUGCUAGGAGAUGGGCCUGUGGUAGAAGAUCCAACUGCUCCCAAUGUAAUAGUCACUCGACUCACCCUGGUCUGUGACACUGCCCCAGGACCAAUCACCAUGGACCUUACAGAUGUGAACAGGGAUAUUGUGUCAGGGCUGAAAUAUGUGCAGCAUACCUACAGGACUGGGGCUAAAGUGGACAAAGCUACAUUCAUGGUUGGUAGCUAUGGACCUCGGGCAGAUGAGUAUGAGUUCUUGACACCAAUUGAGGAAGCCCCCAAGGGGUUGCUAGCCAGAGGCACUUACCACAACAAGUCCUUCUUCACUGAUGAUGACAAGCAUAACCACCUCACCUGGGAGUGGAAUCUGUCCAUUAAAAAAGAGUGGACAGAAUGAGCUCCUUGCUCUACAUUCCCUUUCCAUCUCCCUUGCCUGUCAUUCUGCUGGUAAAUUAAUGUGCUCUAGAACCCCAUAGUUAUUUUCCCCUUCCUAUGUGUACCUCCCUUCCACCACCACCACCACCCCACACACACAGCCAGGGUCUCUAAAGCUUUACAACUCUUCAUUUUUACAUGGCACCCUGGUGUAUACAUGGUACAAUUUUAAAGGUAGCCCAUGGCUUCCUUUCCUGCUAUGCUGAAAACAACACAUUCAGUUUCACCACAGAGGCACGAAAGUUUAGAACCAAAUUCCUUUUUUAUUCUUUCCUCCUUGGAAUCAGAUCUUUGGAAAGCCCUUACUUGACCAACAUGAACAUUUCCUUUAGGUGUCAUUUACUUCUCUCAGGAGCUAGCCAACUUAGAAAGAGAGAAAGAGAAAGACAGACACAGAAAGAGGAAUCUCCCACUAAUGGUUCACUCUCCAGAUAUUCAAUAACACAUUCUCAUUGAAGUAUGCUAUUAUGGUUGCUGCUGUCCUGAUGAAGGGCCCUCAUCUGCCUUAAUCUGUCUUUGUGAAUAAAGCCAACUUUUGGAGGUCUUGUAUUUGUGAGCAAAACUGCAAACAAUUCCAUAUUUUACGAAUAAAACCAGUGCUAUCCAA